GGGAACGAUGAAAAAUGCAGUGGAACCGGCUUCGAGGUCCACAGUUGAGUUUGAGGGAUAUAGAGCAUCUCUGAUAUUAUCACGCUUGACUUGGGUUACAUUAUAGCGGAACUUUGUCGUGCUAUCUGGAGCCCGCAAAUGUAUUAUUGAGUUUAUUAUGCAUUUACAAUCUUCUUGAAAGGUGUGUUGUUUUUUGUCGGUAUAAAAUCACGGUUUUCAUUGGUUAGUCUCAUUUUCAGUGUAACAUACGCAUAGUCGGAAUACUUGAAAGGAUAUAAACUACGAAUUAAACGUAGGCUAAGCAACCCAUAGGCUAUUGUACAGAACACGCUCAGUUGGCGUAACGUGUGUUUCUCCAUGGAGACAUUUCUACUCCAAGCUGCCUUAUUGCAAUAUGUCAGACAGAGGGCGUUAAUGGGAGUACACGCAAAGUAGGUAAAGGGGACUAUUAUCUCAUACCAUACUGUAAAUGUCCCUAUCAGCUGACACGUAUCACCCCUAGGUUGAUUACAGUGUUGUCCUGUCAUCCCUUACAAUCAAACGUGGAUUGUGCUUUAUCCUUGGUGAUUGAUUUGAGUUCACCGGAUGCACUGGCCACUCACAGAACUGGUGUGUGUGCAUGCAGCAGUAUGGAUCUGACGAGGCUUCCAAUGGAGAACGACCGCCGCUCUCUUUCAACAUGUCCAGCCCUUUACCCGUGGCUCCUUCGCGGUUAAGGGGGUUCGCUCAGGAGAGGCGAGCACUCCCUCAGUCGAGAGUAAUGGUGUUUUUUUCAACCGCUAGUGAUGCUGAAAAACCAGGCGAUGCAAUGUCUAGUGCAGGCUCUGUGAAGAGUGAUUUCCGAAAGCCAUCCACUCCCGCACCGAACCUAAAUCUGGGCAAGUCUCUCAGCACCACGUUAAACGCAUCGCCAUCUCCAGAGUUUCCUGAGGUAAUUUCUCUCAAUGUGGGUGGCACCUUCUUCACCACCCGUCUGUCCACAUUACGGCGCUAUGAAGACACCAUGCUCGCCGCCAUGUUCAGUGGACGCCAUCACAUCCCACGUGAUGCUGAAGGUCGCUUCUUCAUUGACCGGGAUGGGGCAUAUUUCAGGGACAUCCUGAACUUCCUGCGCGAGGGCGAGCUACCUCAGAGGGAUCAUGUGAGGGCGGUACACAGGGAGGCCCUCUACUAUGCUAUUGGUCCACUGUUAGACAGCUUGGAGGACACUCAGCCACUCACAGGAGAGAAAGUCCGCCAGGCCUUCCUCGACCUCCUGCCCUACUACAAGGAUAAUCUGGAGCGCAUCGUGGAGAUCGCCAAGCUGCGGGCCAUGCAGAGGAAGGCGCGCUUCGCCAAGCUGAAGAUCUGCGUGUACAAGGAGGAGAUGCCCAUCACGCCGUACGAGCGGCCACUCUUCAACUCACUGCGCUUCGAGCGCACGGAGAGCGAGGCCAAACUGUUCGAACACCACUGUGAGGUGGAUGUGUCGUUCGGGCCCUGGGAGGCGGUGGCGGAUGUUUACGACUUGCUCCACUGCAUUGUCAGCGACCUGGCGGAGCGCGGCAUCACUGCCGACCAGCAAUGCAUCGGCGUCUGCGACAAACACCUCAUCAACCACUACUACUGCAAGAGGCCAAUCUACGAGUUCAAGAUCACAUGGUGGUAAAGCAGUGGGAAGACAGAACUCUCUCCCUUCCUGUCUGUCACUGUGUUUUUUGUUGUGAGGUGGACUUGUGUCGUAAUAGGCUGACUGAUCUCCUUCCUGGUCCCUCAGGUUGAGAGAGAAAAAGGGUUGUCAAUGUUAUUCCCCCUUUUCAAGAACUGAAACCUAUGAAGUGCUGAGUCAGUCAGACAGUUGUUGUUCUGUUUCCUUAUUGAAUAGUUGUGACCUCUGUUUCUUUUUUAUAAACGACAUUAACCUAGGCUAUCAUUGGCUGUUUUAUUGUGUUAAACUCUGGGAUUUUUUGUGUUCAUCCAAGCUUGUGGACCAUCAAGUUUUUCAGAAAAGAGUCAAGUUAAUCUCAUAUUGUGAUUACAGUGUUGUCUGUCCUUUUGGCUUAAUUCUUACUUAUGCUAUUAUGUUUUCUACGCUUUGCGUUUCUGUGUUAGCCACUUUGAUGGUCGCGAGAGAAAGCCUUCACAAAUUAACUGGAUGCAAUUUAGCAAGCUGAUGAAAUUUCUCAUGUACUGUAUAUACAGUCGUAUGAAAAACUUUGGGCACCCCUGACAAUUUCCAUGAUUUCCAUUUAUAAAUAAUUGGGUGUUUGGGUCAGCAAUUUCAUUUUGAUCUAUCAAAUAACUGAUGGACACAGUAAUAUUUCAGUAGUGAAAUUAGGUUUAUUGGAUUAACAGAAAAUGUGCAAUAUGCAUCAAAACAAAAUUACAGGUGCAUAAAUUUGGGCACCCCAAUAGAAAAAUCACAUCAUUAUUUAGUAGAGCCUUCUUUUGCUAAAAUAACAGCCUCUAGAUGCUUCCCAUAGCCUCUAAUGAGUGUCUGGAUUCUGGAUGAAGGUAUUUUGGACCAUUCCUCCUUACAAAACAUCUCCAGUUAGGUUUGAUGGUUGCCGAGCAUGGACAGCCCGCUUCAAAUCAUCCCACAGAUUCUCACUGAUAUUCAGGUCUGGUGACUGGGAUGGCCAUUCCAGAACAUUGUACUUGUUCCUCUGCAUAAAUGCCCAGGUAGAUUUUGAGCAGUGUUUUGGGUCGUUGUCUUGUUGAAAUAUCCAGCGCCGGCGUAACUUCAACUUUGUGACUGAUUCUUCAACAUUAUUCCCAAGAAUCUGCUGAUAUUGAGUGGAAUCCAUGAGACCCUCAACUUUAACAAGAUUCCCAGUACCGGCACUGGCCACACAGCCCCACAGCAUGAUGGAACCCCCACCAAAUUUGACUGUGGGUAGCAAGUGUAUUUCUUGGAACGCUGUGUUCUUUUGCCGCCAUGCAUAACGUCCCUUGUUAUGACCAAAUAACUCAAUCUUUGUUUCAUCAGUCCACAGCACCUUAUUCCAAAAUGAAGCUGGCUUGUCCAAAUGUGCGUUUGCAUACCUCAAGCGACUCUGUUUGUGACGUGUGUGCAGAAAAGGCUUCUUCCGCAUCACUCUCUCAUACAGCUUCUCCUUGUGCAAAGUGCGCUGAAUUGUUGAACGAUGCACAGUGACACCAUCUGCAGCAAGAUGAUGUUGUAGGUCUUUGGAGGUGGUCUGUGAGCUGUUUUUGACCGUUCUCACCAUCCUUUGCCUCGCCAAUAUUUGACUUGGCCUGCCACUUCUGGCCUUAACAAGAACUGUGCCUGUGGUCUUCCAUUUCCUCACUAUGUUCCUCACAGUGGACACUGAUAGCUUUUUUGUAGCCUUCCUCUAAACCAUAAUGUUGAACAAUCUUUGUUUACUGGUCAUUUGAGAGUUGUUUUGAGGCCCCCAUGUUUAAAAAAAAAAAUGUAUCCCCUUUUCUCCCCAAUUUUUGUGGUAUCCAAUCGCUAGUAAUUACUAUCUUGUCUCAUCGCUACAACUCCCGUACGGGCUCGGGAGAGACGAAGGUCGAAAGUCAUGCGUCCUCCGAAGCACAACCCAACCAAGCCGCACUGCUUCUUUAACACAGCGCGCCUCCAACCCGGAAGCCAGCCGCACCAAUGUGUCGGAGGAAACACCGUGCACCUGGCCCCCUUGGUUAGCGCGCACUGCGCCCAGCCCGCCACAGGAGUCGCUGGAGCGCGAUGAGACAAGGAAAUCCCUACCGGCCAAACCCUCCCUUACCCGGACGACGCUAGCCCAAUUGUGCGUCGCCCCACGGACCUCCCGGUCGCGGCCGGCUGCGACAGAGCCUGGGGGCGAACCCAGAGACUCUGGUGGCGCAGUUAGCACUGCGAUGCAGUGCUCUAGACCACUGCGCCACCCGGGAGGCCCCUUGAGGCCCCCAUGUUGCCACUUCAGAGGAGAGUCAAAGAGAACAACAACUUGCAAUUGGCCACCUUAAAUACCUUUUCUCAUGAUUGGAUGCACAAGUCUAUGAAGUUCAAGGCUUAAUGAGCUCACCAAACCAAUUGUGUGUUCUAAUUAAUCAGUGCUAAGUAGUUACAGGUAUUCAAAUCAACCGAAUGACAAGGGUCCCCACAUUUUUGCAUAGCCUAUUUUUCACAUCUGAUUUAAUUUCAUACAACUUAAUAUUGCUACACUAAAAAUCUUUGUCUGGACAAUACCCCAGUACUCAGCUUUUAUUAGAAAAUGAAUGGCACGCCACUGUGAUCAUUUUCUGUGACGACAGAGUAAAUUAUUAUGCAGCCUCAGAAGGGUGCCCAAACCUUUUCAUACGACUGUAGCUACGUGUAGAGUAAAUGUCUAUUUUUGUUACUGAUGCUGGUGUUUUCUGUCACUUACUCUCCCAUAAACCUUUAGAAGUUCUAGGUUAGAGACACAAGUAAAUGUAGAUGUUCUUUGCUAUACGGUCUGUGAUCAGCAAGGCUUUGGAAAGUCAUUCUCAUUUUACUAUUCCAGUUUGAGAGACCCAAAGUCAAUUAGAGAGUUUAAAAUCAAAUAGGUUAAAGGGGCAUGGGCAAAGUUAUUUUACUUCAGUUGCCUCAUGAGAGAUCCAAGAUAUUGCUUUUUUUUACUCUAAAUGUUUAUCUUGCAGUUGAAAAUUAUGCAUCUUCUUUUUGUAAGAAGAAUUCCUGGUGGUGACCCUACUGCCCCAGAAUGUAUGUCUCUGAAGGGGUUUCUAUAGCAGAUGGAACAUUGACAUUUAAACUUAAAAAGCUAUUGUCAAUUUAGCAGAUUUUUUACGAUACUUUACAUUUAUCUGAUAUUUGCCAUUAUUCAAUAAUUUAAUCUUCUUUUGCAGCAUGACAUAGAUUAGUCACAAGUUUCAUAGAUCAUUUUAUAUGACAUGAUAUUUCUACUGAUUUAAACAAAUUCAGAUGAAGUGCCUUUUCUUAAGGGCAACUGUUUCACUUACACUUACAUGGAGUUUAAACCAGGAAACCACACAAUAUUUCUAAUCAAGGACUGCAGUGACAGUAUUGUCACCUCCCCCAUGGGUUCUGUUUUCUUUCUUGUUCCCCAUGUUGUUGUUUAAUUAUUUAGUGAAUGUGUAUUAGAUUUUCAGAUGUCAUAUGUACAUUUUAAUUACAUUUUCAUAGAAUAGGCUACAAGUUUUAGUUUUAGAGGGAUUAUGUGCAAUUUACUGUUUGUACAGAACCUGUAUUUCUGUUGUCAAAAAUGUAUGUGAAUCCAUUACUUUGAUAGUUUUCAGAAGGUAAUACAAUUACAACACAAUACCGUAUGUCCAGAUGGCUGGGGUUAUCCAGUAUAGGCUCAUUAAUGCUUUAAACAGAACAAACAAUAAUGUAAGUCAGGUAGAUCAAGAUGAAGUCUUGAUUCAUACUUGUUUUGUGCUAUUGAUGUGAUGUGAUUAUCACAUUAGAUAAUGUGACUGUCUUUUCCCUCUGUUUAACUGUGAUUCUAGGACUAGGUUGAGUAAUUGACAAAAAGUGUUUGAGAGUUGCCACUUUCUUAAUCGAUUGGAUUUUGUUGAUUUUAUGAAGCCUGUCACAGAUAGAGGCUUCAAUCUUUUAAGAUUCAAUUGCAGGGAUGGUUUGGGGUUAAAAUAAUCCAAUUUUAUUUAUUUAUUUCAGCAUUUAAGGCAAAUUUGACUUUAUGAACGUUCCAGGCACCUUAUUGAAGUUUCUCCCCUGGCUGGUGAAUGUCUUUUGCAGAUUUCAUAGCUGGCCAAUGUUGUCUAGGCUGCUCAUAGCAUGGGAAAGUUGAAAAACAAUGCACAGCUAGACCAGUUACUAUUAAGUUUACAAGGGUAAUAUCUUGCUUUAACAUACAUAUUGCAUUAUUUGUUGUAAUGCUAUGAUGUAUUGUGCUAAUAGUAAGUCAUGUAUAUUUUUUGUUUUUAUAACAAGGUACAAAUACAGUUUGUCUUAGACUGUAUAAAAUGA